AUGGCUUCUGCAGCAGCAGGACUGUGUAGCACCAACUUCGCAAUAGCCACAUCCCUGAAGCCACUCAACUUCCCAAACCAGGCACUGUUGGGGCUGAAGAAAUCCGGAGGCGCGGGGAGAAUGAUGGUGAAGGCAAUGGCGGCAUACAAGGUGACCCUCAAGACCCCAGGCGGGGUAAAAAGCGUGAAGUGCCCCGCCAACAAGUACAUCCUCGAUGCAGCCGAGGAAGCCGGCCUCGACUUGCCUUACUCUUGCAGGGCCGGGGCCUGCUCUUCCUGCGUAGGCAAGAUCGUGAGCGGGAAGGUGAAACAGACCGACCAGGCCUUCCUUGACGACGACCAGCUCGCUGCUGGCUUUGUCCUCACCUGUGUGGCUUACCCUGCUUCCGAUGUCGUCAUCGAGACCAACAAGGAGGACGAGCUCGUCGACUAG